AUACAGUAGUGUAAAUAUUACUAUCCAUAACAGGAGGAACAAAUAACACUUGUUUGUCAACUAGCUUGUCUUCCCUCCUCUAUAAAUCCUCCCUUGCUCAUACCUCAUCUUACACUAAUCCCCUUCUCUCUAUACCCAUUUGCCCACAAGAUUUUUCAGAUUUUCUUGAAAUUUUUAACCAAGAAUUGGGUUGAUUCAUCGCAAAAUUUGAAGAAAUGGGUCUCAGUUUGUUGGCUCCAACUGAUAUUAAAGCUAUCUCAUUUAUGGAUACUUCAAAAUUCAAUCAUAGCCUUGUCAAGCUUAAAGCUGGCUUUGGGUAUAAACGGAAGGAUUUUGGGGUAGCAUUUGGGAAGAGAAUUCAUUGUUCAGCUGCACAGGGGCCUCCUCCAGCCUGGCCAGGUACCGCGGUUGUUGAGCCUGGUCGAAAGACUUGGGAUGGCCCGAAGCCGAUCUCCAUUGUUGGUUCCACAGGCUCUAUUGGAACUCAGACACUUGACAUAGUUGCUGAAAAUCCAGACAAAUUCAGAGUGGUCGCACUUGCUGCUGGUUCAAAUGUGACCCUUCUUGCUGAUCAGGUCAAGACUUUCAGACCUCAGUUGGUUGCUGUUAGAAAUGAGUCAUUGAUUAAUGAACUAAAGGAUGCCUUGGCGGAUGCUGACUAUAAGCCUGAGAUCGUUGCUGGGGAACAGGGCGUCAUUGAGGUAGCCCGUCACCCAGACUGUGUAACUGCGGUUACAGGAAUAGUUGGUUGUGCUGGUUUAAAGCCAACAGUAGCUGCUAUAGAAGCAGGAAAAGAUAUUGCCUUGGCUAAUAAAGAGACUCUAAUUGCUGGUGGUCCAUUUGUCCUUCCUCUUGCACAUAAGCAUAAUGUAAAGAUUCUUCCUGCCGAUUCAGAGCAUUCUGCAAUUUUCCAGUGUAUUCAAGGAUUACCAGAAGGUGCUCUUAGGCGCAUAAUAUUAACCGCAUCAGGUGGAGCUUUCAGGGACUUGCCUGUGGAUAAACUAAAAGAUGUUAAAGUAGCUGAUGCUUUGAAGCAUCCUAACUGGAAUAUGGGAAAGAAGAUCACCGUGGACUCUGCCACUCUGUUCAACAAGGGUUUAGAAGUUAUUGAAGCACAUUAUCUCUAUGGAUCUGAUUAUGAUGAUAUUGAGAUUGUGAUUCAUCCGCAAUCAAUCAUACAUUCAAUGAUUGAAACACAGGAUUCAUCAGUCCUGGCACAACUGGGGUGGCCUGACAUGCGUUUGCCAAUUCUCUACACAUUAUCGUGGCCAGAGAGAAUUUACUGCUCCGAGGUUACUUGGCCACGCCUUGAUCUUUGCAAGUUAGGGUCCCUGACAUUUAAAGAACCUGACAAUGUAAAAUACCCUUCUAUGCAUCUGGCAUAUGCUGCUGGGCGAGCUGGAGGUACUAUGACGGGAGUUCUUAGUGCAGCUAAUGAGAAAGCAGUUGAGAUGUUUAUUGAUGAAAAAAUCAGCUAUCUGGAUAUAUUUAAGGUCGUGGAACUAACAUGUCAGAAGCAUCAAGACGAGUUGGUAACAUCACCUACCCUGGAAGAAAUCAUACAUUAUGACUUGUGGGCUCGCGAAUAUGCUUCCAGUUUGCAACCGGCUUCAUCUGGCUUGAGUCCCGCUCUUGUAUGAUAUUACAUGUUCCGCAUUGACAGGGUUAGUUUCCAUCUGUUUGCAGCUUCUCUAUUGGCACAAAAAGAUGCCAAAUUCGAGAUUAGUUUGGUUUUAAUGUUAAAAUUUUGGCUUCUACGCCUAGUCAUGCCGUAGAAAACAGAUGUAUCAUGUAUGAAAACGAUCAUGCGGGCCUGUAAUCCUUCCUUCAUCUGUAGGCUACAUGUAUGCAAUUGCAUUUUUUGAUUAA